AUGUCCAAUGGGGCAUUUUCCAAGUCUUAUGCUUCAGAUAGGCAUCCAUCGACUACAAGGUCGGAUCAAUCCCAUAUUCGAUUUCUUGGCCACGUUAAUCAAUGGUUUAGAAACAUGUUUCUACCUGUUGGAUAUCCCUCAUCUGUACAUGCUUGCUACAAAAAGGUUCACAUGUGGUUAUUUGCAGAGAAUGUGGCUGGAAGUGCUAUCAGCGUACUAACUGCUCAAGCUAUGUUGACUUCGAUUGGAGCAUCAACAGCCGCGCAUGAAACUGCUGCUCUUGCCAUUGCAGUGGACUGGGUUCUUAAAGACGGUAUAGGUGAACUAGGAAAAAUGCUCAUGAUCCAACGUUUUGCACAUCAGUUUGACACGCAUCCAAAACGGUGGAAGCUUUAUGGAGAGGCAUGUUCAAUCUCGGGUGCUCUGAUGCAACUUGCAACCUGUAUAACCAAUCCUCAUCAUUUCCUUUUUUUUGCUUCAAUUGGCGUGGGUUUGCGAUCUAUGCACUAUUCAAUUUGGGCUGCUACACAUACCACGUUUACAAGAAAUAUGGCUACACACAAUGGUGUAAAUGUUGGGGAUAUCGUCGCCAAAGCAGACUCACAGUUAUCACUUGCUCAUUUACUAGGAAUGGUAAGCGGGAUUGGUAUGCUUGCAGUCUCAUUUCAACCUGCUGCAUUGUUUGCCUGGUUUAGUGUACUCUCUGCAAUACAAAUAGUUUGUACAGGACUGCUUUUACGAGAAGCUCGUUUUGAAGUCUUGGAUCAAUAUCGACUGGUGUUGAUUCCCCGCGAAUUCAUGUCUGAAAAAAAUGCCUUGCGCAUACCAACUUUGGAUCAAGUUGUUCGAUUUGAAAACUGGCUCAAUGAAGGAUUGUCAAAGGGGCAAGUCGUAACUGACUUGUCAAUCGGUGUCACUGUUGAUGAUGCAUUUAAACAUAGUCGACUAAGUCACGCUUUGCAGAUUUUCAAAAAUGGAAAAUACUUGUUGGGAUUCAAGCUUGCCGAUUCUACGCAUUCUCAAAUUAAAGUAUAUGUAGUGCUACACCAAAGCAUUCAACCAGUUCAUGUUAUUCAAGCAGCCUUUCAUGCAGUGAGAUUUGAAAAGGAAAUCAUUAGACAAACUCAAUCAACCGGAGCUCCGAUUUCACUUCACGACGCAGAAAAUAUUUUGGAAUCUUCACUUGCUUGGACAUUAGAUAAUUUUCCAGCAUAUCUCGAUGGACUUGAAGAACAAAAGUGGAAGACAGAUCUAAUCAUUUGGGGCGAUCGAGGUAUACGUGUUGUUUGGGAUAUUGAAGAGUAA